AUGGAUUUAGCCUACGGGGUCGUGUGGCUGCUCACCGUGCUGCUGGAGGGCAUCUCCGGACAAGGCGUCUACGCCCCACCCACAGUGAGGAUUAUCCAUUCAGGCCUCGCCUGUAACAUUGAGGAGGAACGGUAUUCAGAAAGAGUGUACACCAUCCGUGAAGGAGAGACCCUGGAGCUGACGUGUUUGGUUACAGGCCAUCCCCGGCCACAGAUCAGGUGGACAAAAACAGCAGGAAGUGCCUCUGACCGGUUUCAAGACUCGAGUGUGUUUAAUGAGACCUUGAGGAUCACAAAUAUACAGCGGCAUCAAGGAGGGCGCUACUAUUGCAAAGCUGAAAACGGCUUGGGCUCACCAGCAAUCAAGUCAAUAAGGGUAGAUGUAUACUAUUUGGAUGACCCAAUUGUGACAGUCCACCAGAGCAUAGGGGAAGCAAAAGAACAGUUUUACUACGAGAGAACCGUGUUCCUUAGGUGUGUAGCCAAUUCCAACCCACCUGUUCGGUACAGUUGGAGGCGAGGGCAAGAGGUUCUAUUACAAGGAUCCGACAAAGGUGUUGAAAUUUAUGAGCCCUUCUUUACGCAGGGUGAAACCAAGAUUCUAAAGCUGAAGAACCUUCGACCUCAGGACUACGCCAAUUACAGCUGCAUUGCAUCAGUCAGGAACGUCUGCAAUAUUUCUGACAAAAUGGUGUCAUUCCGUCUUUCCAACAAAACAGCCUCUCCUUCAAUCAAGCUUUUGGUGGAUGAUCCCAUUGUGGUGAACCCUGGAGAAGCCAUCACUUUGGUUUGUGUCACAACAGGCGGUGAGCCACUCCCAACCCUAACCUGGGUAAGAUCUGUCGGUACUUUACCUGAGAAGAUAAUACUGAAAGGUGGGACAUUGACCAUCCCUGCUAUCAAUUCUGAUGAUGCUGGCACCUAUAGCUGCAUUGCCAACAACAAUGUGGGGAAUCCAGCAAAGAAGUCCACCAACAUCAUUGUCCGAGCCUUGAAGAAAGGACGAUUCUGGAUCACACCUGACCCAUAUCAUAAAGACGACAACAUUCAGAUAGGAAGAGAGGUCAAGAUCUCUUGCCAAGUGGAAGCAGUUCCCUCUGAAGAGCUCAUGUUCAGUUGGUUUAAAAAUGGUCGGCCACUGCGCAGCUCUGAAAGGAUGGUGAUUACUCAAACAGAUCCCGAUGUCUCUCCAGGAACCACCAAUCUGGACAUCAUUGAUUUGAAAUUCACUGAUUUUGGGACGUACACAUGUGUUGCAGCUCUGAAAGGUGGUGGCAUCUCAGAUAUCAGCAUCGAUGUCAACAUUUCCAGUAGCACAGUUCCACCCAACCUGACUGUUCCACAAGAAAAGUCACCCUUGGUCACCAGAGAAGGAGAUACCAUUGAACUGCAGUGCCAGGUGACCGGGAAACCCAAGCCUAUCAUCCUCUGGUCCAGGGCAGACAAGGAAGUUCCCAUGCCAGAUGGGACAAUGCAGAUGGAGAGCUAUGAUGGGAUCCUGCGGAUUGUCAAUGUCUCAAGGGAGAUGACAGGGACCUAUAGGUGUCAAACCAGUCAAUAUAAUGGAUUUAACGUCAAGCCAAGGGAAGCAUUGGUACAGCUGAUCGUACAAUACCCACCUGCUGUUGAGCCAACAUUCCUUGAGAUUCGACAAGGCCAAGGCCGAAGUGUGACCAUGAGCUGCCGGGUGCUGAGGGCUUACCCAACUCGGGUUUUGACCUUUGAGUGGCGAUUGGGCAGCAAGCUUCUUCGGACAGGAAGAUUUGAUGCUCAAGACUCCACAGAGUAUACAAUCAGAAGCCUAUCAAGGGACAGUUACGGAAAUUAUAGUUGCAACAUCAUCAAUGAGGCAGGGGCUGGCCGGUGCAGCUUUCUCGUGACAGGCAAAGCAUAUGCUCCAGAAUUCUAUUAUGACACCUACAAUCCAUUGUGGCAGAACAGAGCCCGUGUGUAUGCCUACAGCCUGGAAUGGACCCAGAUGAAUCCUGAUGCUGUGGACCGCAUCCUCACCUACCACCUGGGGAUCCGGCAGGCUGGACAGCAACGGUGGUGGGAACAGGAAAUUACUGUGAAUGGGAAGAUCCAGAAAGGAGAAUUGAUAACUUACAACUUAACAGAACUCAUCAAACCUGAGGCUUAUGAAGUUCGCCUGACACCAGUCACUAUUUUCGGAGAUGGAGAUGCAACCAUUCGUGUAAUCAAGUACAGUGACUCAAUCUUAUCUUUUUCUUUUAUAGCUCCAAUGAACCCACAUUUACGUAAAUACAAAGGAACAAAAGACACAAAAUACACCCCAAACACUGGACCCAAUGCUGACCGGUCAGGUUCCAAGGAAGGAUUUUUCAUGUACAUUGAAGCAUCCAGUCCUAGAAAAGAAGGUGAUAGAGCAAAACUCAUUAGCCCAGUUUUCAGCAUCCCUCCCAAAAACCCGUAUGGAACCACAAAUACUGCAUAUUGCUUCAGUUUUUAUUACAACAUGUAUGGUCAACACAUAG